AUGGCCAGCCACGGCGUCCCCCGGUCCUCUACCACCGUUCGAACCCCUCAAGCCAUCCAAGCCGAUCUUCUCAAAAUCGAAGCUUACAACAAUUUAGUCUCCGAAGUCCAAGCUCUCCGUUUUCCCUCAGUCCAGAAAUCAAAGCACACUUAUUCCCCCACUUCCUUAUCGACCACAUCAUCCCUUCUGACCCAAAACCCGGAGUUUAACACAAUAUGGAACUUUCGACGACGGAUAGUUUUACAUUUACUACUACCCACUUCUUCGUCCUCUCCAACAUUAAAAGAUGAUAACGAUCAAGAAAACGACAAACUCUCCCUCCUAUCCUCGGAACUAAACUUCCUCUUCCCGUUGCUCCAAAAAUUCCCAAAAUGCUAUUGGAUCUGGAACUACCGUGUCUUCAUCCUACAAACCGCUUCGACGAAUUUAUCUUUACAAACGGCGUUGAAGCUGUGGAAAUCGGAAAUGGGGCUGGUUAAUAAGAUGCUUUCGAGGGAUUCGAGAAAUUUUCAUGGGUGGGGGUAUAGACGGUAUAUUGUCCAGAAUAUUGAGACAUUGCAAAAGGAUAUAAACAAGGAAACGACGAAAGAAAAAGAAGAAGGGGAAGGAGAAGAAGGAGUAGAUGGGGAAGAAGAGGAGGAAAGUCUGGCAGAACAGGAAUUCGCGUAUACGACUACAAUGUACGGGAAGGAUUUAUCGAAUUUCUCGGCAUGGCACAAUAGGAGUAAACUCAUUCCAAGGGUAUUGAGUGAACGUGGAGCUACUAUUGAAGAAAGAAGGACGUUUUUGGAUGGUGAACUGGGAGAAAUGCAAACAGCAGUCUACACAGACCCUUACGACCAAAGCAUCCAACUCUACAACCACUGGCUCCUCCUCGAAUCCUGUUCUUCAAAACAAACAACCUCAACAAGUCCAGUAUUUUCACUUACUAACUCUCAAAAAUUGGAAACUCUAUCACGGACGUUGGAAUGGAUGAGGGAGUUAUUAGAUGAAGAACCGGAUUGUAGGUUGUUACUCGAGGAAAUGAUUUUUGUCGGUAGUCUAUUUCGAGACCUUGAUGAAACAGAAGAAGAAGAAGACGUUGACAGGGAAGAGAUCAAACGGGAUAUGCAGAGUUGGUUGGAGAAGCUGAUGGAGGUUGAUCCCAUGAGAGGCGGGCGGUGGAGGGAAAUGCAGGAAAAACUGUAG